AUGUUGAGCGACAAGGAGACCAUGGCCCAUGAGGUCGGCCUGGAAGGCAGUUCGCAAGAUGACCGCGACAUGCAGCGGCUGGGUAAAGUCCAGCAACUCAAGAGAAAUUUCCGCUUCUACUCUAUUCUGGGGUUCACAACGACGUUGAUGGCCACAUGGGAGUCAAUAUUGCUUACCGCAACAUAUGGCUUGAUCGAUGGAGGACGCGCCGGCAUGAUCUAUGUCUAUAUCGGCUCGUUUGUUGGAUUUUUCGCAUCGGUGAUUUCGAUGGCGGAGAUUUCGUCAGUUUCGCCAACGUCUGGAGGUCAAUAUCACUGGGUCAGUGAGUUUGCCGCGCCUCGCUGGCAACGAUUCUUGAGCUACCUGACCGGAUGGCUCUCCGUCUUGGGAUGGCAAGCCGCAUUUGCCAGUAUUUGUUUCCUCUGCGGCACACUCAUCCAGGGACUCCUCGUCUUCAACUAUUCCGCACCAGGCGGAUAUGUAUACGGGUACGAGCGCUGGCACGGAACCCUGUUGACGAUCGCGAUCGCCGCCAUUGGUACCCUGGUGAACACCUAUGGCGCCAAAUUCCUGCCCUCUCUAGAAGGCGUCAUUCUGUGUCUGCAUCUGUUCGGGUUCGUGGCCGUUCUCGUGCCCAUGUGGGCCAUGUCUCCUGGCCACGCUCCCUCCUCCGAGGUGUGGACCGUCUUUUCAAACGACGGCGGCUGGAUAAGUAUGGGACUGGCGUGUCUCGUCGGACAGUUGACUCCCAUCUUUUCAUGGACUGGACCUGAUGCUGCCACGCAUAUGGCCGAGGAGGUCCAAAAUGCCGGAUUCGUCGUCCCCUGGUGCAUGGUUUCCACGGCCUUGAUCAACGGCGGACUCGGCUUCAUCAUGCUCAUCACCCUCCUCUAUAACAUGGGCGAUCUCACCGAGGUGGUCAACGCCGCCAGCGGCUUCGGUUUCAUCCCCGCCGUGCAACACGCGACGGGCUCCGUCGCCGCGACCAACGGCGUCGCGGCCAUCAUCCUCAUCAUGGAAGUCUGCAGCGCCAUCGGCAUCCUCGCCACGGCCUCUCGCCAAACCUUCGCGUUUGCCCGCGACCACGCGCUCCCGUUCUCCGGCGCGCUGGCCCGCGUCGAUCGCCGCACCCAAAUCCCUACCAUCUCCGUCCUCGUGUCCACCAUCAUCACCGUCCUGCUCAGCCUCAUCAACAUCGGCUCCACCGCCGCCUUCAACGCCAUCGCCUCCGUCAUGAUUGCCGCCCUCUUCACCACGUACAUUCUCUCCAUUGCCUCGUUUAUCCGCGCUCGUUUCCAACCCGGUGGAAUCCCGCCUUCGCGCUUCUCGCUCGGCUCCCUGGGCCUGCCGAUCAAUGUCUUCUCCGUGGCCUAUCUGUGCUUCGCGAUCAUUUUCACCUUCUUCCCGACGACGGCGGCGCCCACGCCCGUGAACAUGAAUUGGUCGAUUCUGGUGUUUGGGGUCGUGGUCAUUUUCGCCGUGGUGCAGUACAUGGCGCAUGGUCGGAGGGUUUAUCAGGCUCCUGUGACGCAGGUGCAGAGGGAGUCGAGAGAGGAUGCGGACGCGGUUGUGUCGUCGCAAGGAUUUCAGGAUUUGAAGGGAUGA